GAGAAAGGGUUACAGCGGCGGCAUCGGAACCUCCUAUCGCACAGUGACGUCACCGCUUUGGGUUUAUAAAAUGAAUGGGGUGUUGAUAUGAGUUACAGAAAGAGUGAGGAGGAGGCGGAGGGACGGAGUGAUCUGCAGCUGCCCUGUCUGCUACUUGUAUUGUCUUACUCUCACACUUCAGGACUUUUUUUUUAUAUCCUGAGGAGACUGAGUCCUAGAGUUAGGAUGCACUUCUGCCAUAUUGUGGGCUGGGGACUAGUGCUGGCUGUGCUGUGCUUGGGGACGGAGGCAAAGCCCGUUGUUCAGGCACAUCAGAAGUCUUUACGCACGUUGCUAGGGGAAGAAUUGGCUGAAUAUUUAGCCUCUGAGGAGAGGGGAGAACGAAUCAUUGAUCCUAAAACUCGUGCUCGACUUCUGAGAGACCUGCGUGCUGACACGCGCUCCAGGGCAGCUUGGGCCAGACUACUCAACGAGUACCCCAACACCCGCAAAUACAAAGGCAUCAACAAAAAAGGGCUGUCCAAGGGCUGCUUUGGUCUCAAAUUGGACCGAAUCGGAGCCAUGAGUGGCUUGGGGUGCUAGUAGUUGUAGCACCAUCUUGUGGUGGCUCCCAACAUUGACAACGGUUUUCUGAUCACUGGUCAUUAUCCUGUCUUAGUGUAGACGCCCAGCUGAGAAUCUAAUGUUUCCAGAAGAUUCUGUAGUGAGGGGACGGGCCAGUAUGAUGGGACAAAGGACCUGCUGUUACCACAUGUUUGUCAUCAUUUUGUUGCCAGAGUGCAAGAGCCAUAAAUGUGCAUUCGCGUACAUAUAUGUAAUGAGGGCUGCCUAGAUGUUUACAUAUCAGUGUUCAGACACGGUGGCCAAGUAGACUGUCACAUGUGUUCUCCACACAUGGGGUCAUUAGACUCUGUAUGUGCAAAACCAUUCCUAAUUCAUGGACUGUCGACAUUUCAGGCUUAUGGAAUCCUCUCCAGGUUACAGUUAAGUUAUCACAUGCCUAUUUUUUUUUUUCAUCUCUACCCUGAGAUUUAACCCUUGACAGCUCAAUGUCGGCAGAAUAUGUUUGAGCUACUGUUUGUGGUAUAAUGAGGCACUGGAGUUUGGUUACCAACCUGCCAUAUCCAUAUUAAUGACCAGCCUCUACCAGAGAGGUCAAUUAUGCUUAUCCAACUGCUGCAAAAAUAGGGGAAGACUGCAGUGCUUUCUGGGACAAAAGGUCGGUCUCAAAACUUUAGUGGCUGCUUAACCAUUUUUAAUCUUGUCUGUUAGACUGUCAGUUUUACGCUGAUCUUGUGGCCAAGUAAAUAAGCUCCAAUGACAUGAACUUAAUGUUUUAUUUUUUUGUGUUUUUACUUUUAGACUCUUAGCUUUGUCUCAGAGCUGCAAAUUAUUGUAGGAAAACAGGGAAUUCGCCUUCUAAUUUAGAAUAAAUUACAGCUGUGGGAAAUAAAUUAAUUGGGCUUCCAGCUGACACGACACACUAGCGUGAUGUGUGACUUUACAGAAACGAUCUAGAAGAAGAAUGUGAAAUUAGACAAGAGCCCUAGAACAUUCCCAUCUCUAAAUAUAAUAAUAAAUGUAUCCAAUUCUAUAACUUUUCGAUAAUUAUCAUAUCAUGCCAAUUUACAUGGUGAACCACAGAGAGCUUACUAUCUCUGCUAUGAUAUAGUCAAUUGCACGGUUACAUAAUCUCAGAACUGGACAAAUUCAGUUAAUCUGUAUGCAAAGGGUUUCAGUGAGGCUGUGCCAGACACACUAGACCGACCAGGCAAAGCACACAUAGAGUCUCUAUCCACUUCAUUGGGAAGCCCACAAGUUUUGUCAGAGAGAACGAAUCCAGCAGUGCAGGGAUUACGUCUCCUUGGGUACUUGUAUACAUGAAGAGGGAGGGGGCCUGACAGCUAUAUGAAAAUUCUCACCUUGCAUCAAUGUAUUUAUGUUGUAAAGCUAUUUAUAUUGUUUAUGAAGAGAUAUUUAUAAAGAACUUUUAUUUAUGUAAUGAAUUGAA